UGUGACCCUACUGAAGCCAAUAUGAGCUCAGUUUUUACAAAGCCCUCCUCAGCUACUAACUGCAGUAUUCCUCCUCCUCCUGUUGAUAGCACAGAGAAGCAAAGCUACCAACAACAACAGUGUUUUACUGCUUCUUCUUCAAGUAGCCCUUCUACUCUAUCUCCUGGCCUCCCUCCUGUUCCUCCAUUAUCAGUCCAGCAGCACUACAGGGCCUAUUCCUACUAUCCUUCUACUUGCAUACCAACUGUAGCCAAGUACAAUCCACAGCAUCUUUCUGUGCCACCUCCAAGCAACAUAAGAACUCACUUCUUUCAUACUUCAGGAGGACAACAAGCAGCAACUGCAGCAGUUGGUUCUAGUCUUCCUUAUGACAACAAGACUCUGUCAUACUCUGCUAGCCAAUACACUAGCAGUAAUACCUAUAGCAGUUCCAACUACAACCUAACAAACAAAGUUGCUGCAACACUGCUACAGUUGCAAGAUCCUGUACUCCAUUCACUGCCUGGCCCUCCUUCAGGUGGCUACCAUCCACCACCACCACUCAAGUUUGUUCCAGGCCCACUGCCUCAUACAACUGGUGUUGACCAUGAAGGAGCUUCACCCUUAGAAGGUACAGCUUCACCAACUCAACCAACCUCAUACCAGUCAGCUGCCCAGUUCAUGUUUCAAACUGGAUCUGCCUUCCCUCCCUCCCCAUUCCCCACUCAUAACUCGUCCCCAUGCUGGAGUCACUCCCCCUGGCCUUACAUUCCAUUCGGUACUCCUCCAGUAUCUGGUGCUAGUCAUUGUCCUAGUCGUGGGACAGGGGGAACAGGAGUAGGUACCCAAAGUAGAGGAGGAGGAGGAGAUAAUAAAAUCAACUCCUGCCAUGUUUGUGGAAAGACUUAUGCACGUCUCUCCACCUUGCGCUCUCACCUCAAGUCUCAUAGCGGAGAGAAACCUUACCAGUGCUCCAUAUGUCAAAAGUCUUUCACUCAAGCGGCUAACUUGACAGCUCACCUCCGAACGCACUCUGGAGAAAAGCCGUUCAAGUGCCCAGUCUGCCAUCGAGGGUUUUCGCAGUCCUCGUCCGUUACAACGCACAUGAGGACCCACUCUGGGGACCGACCGUACAAAUGUAACGUCUGCAAUAAAGGGUUUGCCGAUAGCUCUACGCUCACCAAGCACUACCGUACUCACACUGGGGAGAAACCCUACCAGUGUAAGAUAUGCGAGGCAAAGUUCUCCCAGUCUGGAAACCUCAACCGACACAUGAGGACCCACCGACACCAUUACGGCAACGGUAUGGACAUGAGGCGUAUAUAGACAAGAAGAGAAAGGAACUAGUCUAUAGAGAGACAUUAGUUAAAGAUAGAGACAUUAGUUAAAGACACAUACUCAUACACUUAUAGUUAGAGCUAUAGUUCACUGUUAGAUACCUUAUCACUUAUUGACAUGUGUAUAUUAGUUGAUGGCUAUGUUUCCAUUAUCAAUAGUUGUCUUUACUAUUCUCACCAUUAUUGUACUCC